UUCCCCUCUUUUAUCUUCUCAUUUUUCUCACUUUUCUUGUCUAUCUGUCCCUACACUUCAAUUUUGAUUUUACUUUGUCAGCUAAACUUUCUCUCUCCUCCUUUAUAUAUAUAUAUACACACAUAAAAACAGAGCAACCCAAACAGGGUACUAUCACAAAAUUGGUAAAUUGGAAUUAGGGCACCUUCAAGAGAAUUUGUAAAAAGUUUCAAUCUUUGACAAAUUUGUGCAAUUUUAGCAUCUGGGUAAUCUUGAAUUUUGUGUUUGGUGUAUGAAAUGGAGCUUGAAUUAGGUCUUUCUCUCUCAAAAUAUCCUCCUAAAAUCCCAAUUUUGAAAGAAUUGGAUCUUAUUAGCUAUGUAAAUUGUAAGGCAAAGCAAGUUUAUGAAGAGGGUAAUUCUAGUACUUUGUCUUACCAAAGUAGUGUUAAUGAUGAUGAUGAUGAUGAUAAUGAUAGUGAUGAUUAUGGUGAUGAAGAAAUAAAUUGUGGGUUUUUCCAAAUUAAGGAGAAUAAGAAAAAAAGAGGGUUUGAUGAAGUAAAUGAAGUGGAAAGUUGUGAUGUUUCUAAGCCUAUAACUCUACCUCUUUUGCUUUGGGAUAAACACCCAAAUGAGGAUCAUCAGCAACCUAAAAGGCUCUGCAACUCUACUUCUUUCAUCAUAAACAAAAGUGAAGGUGAUGGCAUUGUGGGGUGGCCACCAAUUAAGUCCUACAGAAAGAAGGUAAAUGAUGCCCAACACCACCACCACCAACAACGCCGCCAUGGCGGGAAUUUUCCGGCUAUGGAGAACGGUGGAAGAGGCGGCGGUUGCGGCGGAUCACGGUCUAUGUUUGUAAAGGUGCAAAUGGAAGGAUUUUUCAUUACAAGGAAGAUUGAUUUGAAGCUCUACCACUCUUAUGAAGCUCUCAUUUCUAGCUUGCUUACUAUGUUUAACAAAGAGGAGGAUAGUGUGGAUGAUUACAAGCUUACUUAUCAAGAUAGUGAUGGUGAUUGGUUGCUUGCUGGAGAUGUUCCAUGGAGGACAUUCAUCCAAUCAGUUCAACGACUCAAGCUAAGGAGAAGGGAUGAUUAAUUGGUAGAAGAACAUCGUCUUCAUUGUGAAAAAUGGAAAUUAGUAGUUUACUUAUGCAGUUGUUUAGGGAGAUUUUGAACUACUUAAUGUGUUUGUUAUCUUACUCUAAACAAUUGUACUGUAAUAUACUUAGUAUGGUUGUUAUCCUUAAAUCCUUGGCUCUGAAUUAUUAUCAUUUUGUAAUAUGGAAGUGCUUCUUCCUCUUUGUUCUUUUUCUA